CUUGAACUAUCAAUCAUGAGUUAUUGUACCAUAAAAAAGUUGUCAGUGAUAACUCGAACCAGACUGCGUUAUCAAUCCAGCCAUCAAGACAGAUUGGAUAUACUAAUCAGCAUCCACCUGGUGCAAAGAUUUUGCAAUUUAUUGUCGGAAAAAUUUUCUGUUACGAUUACACUACAGCUGGCAGAAGGACUGCUAGAUUUUCUACAAUUUUAUGCAUCAUUUUUUCAUUAUGGUGAUAAGCUACAAAUUUCGGAUUAUUUGGACGCUGGUUUUUUUGCGGUGGUCUUCUUCCUGACUUUGACGCUGUUCGCGCUGGUUAAUAAAGAGUGGAUGUUGCUUAAAAAGUUCGUGAUGGAGUGGGAGUGGGAGAAAAGGGUCCAUGGAUUGACUACUUUUCCUGCCAACUGUGGAUUUACCACUUUCAAAGAAGAAUUGUCCAGCGUUGACAUUACACAAUUCGCUAUAUGGGGCUUCCCCAUUGUCAACACGACGAUAAUCACUGUUAUCGCCCUCGUGAUUCUCCCAAUGGCUCAUAAUUUCUUUUAUGCAACUGGUGACCAUCAUCAAUCCUUGUCAAAUUCUACGUCCAGGCCUGACACAAAUUUUUCCACCCUUGCCCAAAAUGUCUCCUCAACUUUUGUGUAAAACGGGUCAAUUCAUCUGCUUGAUAAGUGAGCUCGAUAAGUACUUGCAAAAAACCAUGUAGACUAAUUAAUUAUGUAUAUGUAAUUGCGUUCAUGUUUGUCUAAUUAAAUAUAUAAAUUCAUAAUUGUGUUCAAGAAAAUUUGGAAUGCAAAUUAACUUUUAUUCAUGCAAGAGAUCAUUGUGUCAUCUACCUGUAAUUAUUUAUUAAAAAGAUUCAGAAAAAUUAAGAAAAUUUUUCAUAUUUAUUAAGUAUUUGUCAGCAAAAUAUGGAAAGGUUUGAUAUCAUUAAAAUUAUUAAAAUGUGGUAAUUGAGAACAUCCCAUUUUUAGUAUUAUUCAUGAAAAUUAUGUAUUUCGAGUUUUCGAAUUUUAAUUUGCAACACAUAUACAUAUUUUUGCUUGAAAUUAUUUAAAUAAAUACAAUGCUAUGUCAA